AUGGUUGCAUUGAUGGAUAUUUCAAUGCAAAUGUCUAGUUUUGAAAAUGUUCUACUUCUAGACAAUGGAAUACCCAAUAAAAGUAAUACUUCUGAGAACUUUUAUAGCUGCCUUUUACCAAAACUUACAAACUUGGGAAUUAAAAAGUCAUUUCGACCUGCAUUAAAUAUCACUCAGCCCACAGUUGUCAAUGUCUCCAUGACCCUUUAUGCAGUUUUGGAAGUGGAUGAAAAGAAGCAGCUAAUCUCAACAUUCAUCUGGAUUGAAAUGCACUGGUACAACAACUUUCUAAACUGGGACCCUAACGAGUGUGAUGGACUGGAACAAGCCUCUCUCCCUGUGACAUCUAUCUGGACACCUGAUAUGUACAUAUACGAGUACACCAAUGAAGAGCAACUGCCUUAUGCUCCAUAUGUUUAUGUGACAUACAAUGGCAAAAUGACAUACUUAAGGCCCUUAAAGAUAGUUGGCUUCUGUACCCUGCAGGUCUUCAACUUCCCUUUCGAUGUGCAGAACUGCUCCUUGACAUUCCGAUCCCUGGCGCUUCCAGUAAGUGAUAUGAGAAUUCAGCUGGCAAAAUCAGUGGAAGAAAUACUCGUAACAUCAAAAGAGAACUUUAACAACAAAGGAGAGUGGGAACUGAUCGACAUAAUAAGUUACAUAAAACUCAAGAAACUGAGAGCAGGCAACUGGGACAACCUCAAAUUUUGGGUGGUAAUCAGAAGAAGACCCAUUCAGUACGUUGUGAGCCUGGUAGUGCCAACUAGUCUUCUAAUGUUAGUAGAUGUGCUGAGCUUCUACAUGCCACCCCAUUGCACAGACAGGGCAGCCUUCGAAAUGACCAUCCUGCUCGGGUAUGUGGUCUUCCUGCUGAUUGUGAAUGACCUGCUCCCUUCUACAGCCACUGGGAUCCCUGUUCUAAGUAAGGCUUGCUCGAUUGUGAUUUAUGAAAUAUCAGAAGCCAGACGAAACUUUAUUAAUUUAAUUCCAUAA